ACCUCACACUGACUUCUGGGAUGCGAGCAGCAGCGUUUCGCAGCCAAUGUCUGUCUAUCGCAUGACAAGUGACCCGGCUGCAGCGUAUCAGCGGGGACAGAGAGAGGCUGCGACCUGCUGCUGUCUCAUUUUGGUUUCGGCGAGGCGCGACAAAUGGCAGGCUGCGGGGGCUUCUUCUUCUCUCUCCUCAACUACAAGACAGAGAAAUAUGUCAUUGCCGAAAACAGGAAAAUCGGGCUUUUGUUUCGGCUCUAUCAGCUGGCGGUGCUCGGAUACAUAAUCGGAUGGGUGUUUGUGAUGAAGAAAGGGUACCAAGAGAGGGAGGAUGCAAUCCAGACUUCAGUCAUCACCAAGCUCAAAGGCGUGUCUCUGACCAACUCCUCGGACACAGGACCUUACCUGUGGAGCGCAGAGGAUUACGUCAUACCUCCAAAUGGUGAGCAGGUGUUUUUUGUAGUAACAAAUUACAUAAAGACCCCGAAUCAGAGGCUGGGCUUCUGUGCUGAGAGUUUUAAGGUACCAGAUGGACGAUGUCAGAGCGACGACGACUGCCCAGAGGGGGAAAGUGUGACAGCUGGACAUGGAAUAAAGACAGGCUUGUGUUUGAACAGCACAGGGACCUGUGAGCUUCACGCUUGGUGUCCUAUCGAAAACAGUCAGAGGCCAACAGAGCCAUUACUGAGGGAAGCAGAAAACUUCACCAUCUACAUCAAGAACUUCAUCCGGUUCCCCAAGUUUGAUUUCUCAAAGUCAAAUGUCCUUGAAACAUCUGAUGAGGGCUACCUAAAGAGAUGCUUCUAUGAUAUAGAGAACCAUCCCUACUGCCCCAUCUUCCGCCUCAGAGAUCUGGUCAGCAGAACGGGGCAUGACUUCCAGGAGAUGGCUGUUAAGGGCGGCUCUAUCGGUAUUCUCAUCGAGUGGAACUGCGACCUGGAUAAGGACUCGUCAGAGUGUAAUCCACAGUACAGCUUCACCCGUUUGGACAUGAACUUAAACAACUCUGUUACAUCAGGAUACAACUUCAGACAUGCGAGAUAUUACAAAGAUCAAAACGGUGAAACUUUUCGCACACUGUACAAAGUGUUUGGGAUUCGAUUUGACAUCAUGAUCAAUGGGAAGGCUGGAAAAUUCAGCAUCGUUCCUACAAUAAUUGCGUUUGGCUCAGGUGUUGCCCUGAUGGGUAUCGGAGCCUUUGUGUGUGAUAUGAUACUUCUCUACAUGAUGAACACAAGCUCCUACUACCGAGAGAGGAAAUUUGAAAUAAUCAACUUUAAAAGAGAGAAAAAUAAACAGAAGGACGAUAAAGCAAGCAACCGGGAUAGGAAAUCCAGAAAAGCCGGCGUGGACAAAGAUGCAGCCAACUCUAUCAAAAAACCGGAGGAAACUGAACUAACGGUGGAGACGUCUGCUCCUGAGGAGAAACGGGGUCCCACCGUUCCACGCAACACGGGGCAGCGAUACUCAGCCGUCCAGUCCAAACAAGGCGCGGCGCCAAAGCAUCACAUCAGUUUCUCUUCGCACAACUAGCAUGGGGGGCAACUGAAGACUACUGGACUGCAGACGUCUCUUUAACGCUGCGGAAGGUGGAUCCCAGUGUCAGACUGACGUCUGCUGAUGGCCCGGUCCCUGACUGAUGCGCUGAAGGAGGGAAAUCUCAAAUGUUCUGCAGCACGAGGGACCAGGCAGUCAUAGGAGGAGGGUGAUCGUUAUGUUCAAUGAGUUAAACUAAAACUUUAUCAAGAGUUGAAUGUUUAUCAAGACUUAGUCACUGACAAGAAUCGCUAAAUACGGGGCGUGCUGUGGUGGCGCAGGGGGUUAGCACGCCCCACGUUUGGAGGCCUUAGUCCUCGACGCGGACGUCGCGGGUUCGACUCCCGGUCCCGACGACCUUUGCCGCAUGUCUUCCCCCCUCUCCUCACUCUCCUUCCUGUCUGCCUACUGUAGAAAAAAAACUGCGUCACUGUUACAUCUGUAUACUCCAAAGGCUUGGCAGUCGUACGAUGCAAGCACCCAACCUCAUAUCAAACGUACAUUUGUGUUGCGACCUGUAAAAUAAUCGUCCAACUUGUAAAGUCAAAACUUCCUUUGGUAUCUGUUUUACAAAAACUGAAUCACUUUAAUUUUACAUCACUGGUCUUACGAGAAGCAAAUCCACUAUGGGAUAUCGGGGCCAUUGCAGAUAGAAAAAACUCACAUUUUAAAACUAAUCUUAAACAUUUUACAAAAAAAGGAAAUAAAUCAAUAACUUUAAUAAUUAAAAAGUAACUUGAGUUUCAAAAGUUACAAAUUUUUGACUUUUGAAACUAAAAUUUAUUUCCAGAAAACUUGAGUUUUUUUAGGCAGAAAUAUCCUUUUAUUUUUUUACUCUACAAUAAUCCAUUGUACAAACCUGAUUAUUUUCUGCUGGAUUUUUCUUUUGUCAAGAUUGCAAUUUGUUACAGUAAAACAAUGACCCUUGUGAAUAUCCUUAAGCUUUUCUUAAAACUAAGCCAUUUGAGUAAAAUGUGAACAUUUUUGAGCGGAAGAUGUAGAAAUAGAAAAGGUCAGGGUUCAACGCCAUGAUUUGUAACAGACGUGUCAAAGAUGCUUUUGGAAGCAAUAUGUAAAAAGAAAAAAAAAAAAAAAGUUUUUUCCUGUUGGACACUAUUUAAUGAAAAUGAUUUAUGUGAACUGUUGAUGCUGCUACUCUAUCUGCAAUUUGAUUUCCAGCCAGUAGCUACAGCGUGUUCUGUUCAUGUAAAUGAAGCCGUCUGCUGUGUGUGUCUUAGUUCUCUGUGGUUGGUUGUGUUUGAAUGAAUGCUGAGUUUUUUCAGUAUGUUCUACAUAAUGUUGAUUUACUGCCUGACUCAUUAAGAGAUUAAUGCAAA